AGAGCGUCUUUCCUGGCGACACUCGAGCGCAAGAUGGACCAAGCAUGGGCGAACAUUGCACGACCGACAGACCAACCCCAACCGGAGAAGUCCCCUCAGGCGAAAUCACAAAGCUGGGCGGCGUAGAUGUACAGGCCCCCCCUCCCUCCUCGCAGCAACCAUAACCCAUGAAACCCCCCAUCACCACACUCGCUGAAUCGCUUUUUCUCCCACAGGUAUACAUCGCCAAACCGUCCGACUACCCGCACUCCCCCUCGAAGCUCCUGCUGCUGCUCACGGGCGGCACGGGCGUACAGUCGACGAACAACCAGCUGCAGGCGGACAAGUUCGCGUCCGAGGGCUACCUAGUGCUCAUGCCGGACCAGUUCGACAACGACCCGGCGCCGAAUUCCGUCGACAUGAGCAAGGUCGAGGAGCAGACGUCGUGGCUGGAGUCGAUCAAGAUGAGGACGGCUGAGGGCGUCAAGGCGUUUCUGAUCGACAUGUGGCUUGCGAGACAUACGCCCGAGAAGGUGCUUCCGCUGCUACGGAAGGUCAUCGACAGCGCGAGGGACGAAUUCGCGGAUGCGAUUGCCAACGGUGGGGGGAUUUACGGCGUUGGGUACUGUUUCGGCGCGAGGUACAUUCUUCUGUUGUCAGGUGAGCACGCGGACACCGUUGCGUGGGGCCAAGCGGCGCCUAAGGACGAGGAAGAAGGAGCUCUGAAGAAAGACCCCGUCAUCAAGGCCGCCGCCAUCGCGCACGGCACAAUGGUCACGAAGGAGGAGCUCGAGGCCGUGAAGGUCCCCACGUACAUCGCAGCCGCGGAGAACGACCCCUUGUUCUCGGAAGACGAGGUCAUCACGCCGGGGAGGAGAGCCCUCGAGAAGAACGGCGUCGAGCACGAGGUCCAGAUGUUCCAGGGCGUGCCCCACGGCUUCGCGGUGCUGGGCGACUACGACGACCCCAAGAUCAAGCAGUCGCAGGCGCAGGCGUACGGACAGAUGCUCGGCUGGAUCCAGGGACAUUAGAUCUGUUUCCGUGGCGUGUGUGUGCUGUGCAAUUGGCUGGUUUUUCAUGAUGUCUUUUGAUUGUGUGUGCUUUUCUCAUUAUGUGCAUCCUUCGAGUCUAAAUCUUCCGAAGGCUGGGUAUAUAUAGGCGUUGCGAACGGCUCUUCUCAUAGCAGCAAUCUCUCAAAAAUCCAAGCAAAUCUCCUCAACC